UUAUAGUUUAAUCUUAAACAUUGAACCCAUUCAAUAUUUAAAUAUAUUUUUUUACAUAAGAACUCUUUACAUUGAGUCUUUAAUCAUAUACAACUAAAAAUUAAAAAUUGGUACGGUACAUAUCAUGACCGCGUGGAAUGUUAGCAAGAAUGCUCAGUAUUUCUCCGUUUAAUUCAAAUUAACCAAUUCUAAAUCGACUAGUCCCUCCUUACCUCAAUUUUUGAUGCAUUUAUAAAAAAAAAAUUAUUUAAUCACAACAUGAUUUAACGAUGUUUUUAUAGGUUGAGAAACUGUCGUCAUUGUAUGCGGUAUAGGUACAGCUAUUUCAUUGGGUUGACAAUAUAAGCACUGAGAUAACGUUUGUGUAAAAAAAUAAUUAUAGUGUAAAAAAAAAAUUAUUAUAUUAAGAUGGUAAUGAAAACUCUUAUGUUAAUUCCUCUAAUGGCUUAUAAUUGUUUUGGUGUGAUUUAUAAGCUAAACGAUUCAGAUUAUGCCAGGAUGCCACAAGUAUAUCACCUAGAUGACUAUGAUCAUUGCUUGAUAAAUCCCGAUGGCAUUUAUUGUACAGCUGAUAUUGACAUUGUAUCUAAUGAACCUUCGAAUGAACUUUUGACCAUGAUGCGAAACUAUUCAGAUUACAAAAGGAAACAUUUUAAUUAUACUCGACUGCAUUACGGAAUUUGUAUGACCCAGACGUGUAAACGUUUCAUGGGUGAUAAUAAAACGGAAGACCUAAAAUUUAUCAUUGAGGGAUGCUUCAACCAGAGUCUUUGGGAAAAUUAUCAGUUAAAAUGCAGAAUAUCUGACCCUAUAAAUUGUAACUAUAACAAAACAAAUAUUCAGAUAGAUACCGGUGAUAUAGUAAUGGCAACAUUUUUAAUAUCACUGAUUGCCGUCAAUUGUUUGUCGAGCAUUUAUGAUAUCGUUAUUGUUAAAAGAAUGCACUACCAAGGUAACAGAUUUAUCACGUCUUUCUCAAUACCACAUAAUUACUCUAAGUUAAUGUCAUCGUACAAAAAUUUUGAUUCAAGAGAAGACCGAUUAAAAUCAUUUCAUGGUCUGAGAACAAUAACAAUAAUCUGCGUUAUCCUCUGUCAUUCGUUUCUACCAGUAGCGGUUGGACCCGAAAAUCCUCGUUUUAUUGAAAUGCAAUAUGAAAACAUUUUUCAUCUUUUCUUCAUAAAUGGGACGAUUCUGGUUCAAACUUUCUUUGUAAUGUCUGGCUGUUUGUUGGCUUAUAAACUUGAGGUGUAUGCUGAAAAACACGAAAUGAGAUGGACGUUGAUCCCAAAAGUGAUAACUGGUUUUUAUAUAAAACUCACGCCUUCUUACAUAGUUGUCCUAGGUCUCACUGCGACUUGGUUAAGAUACGCCGGCUCAGGGCCUUUUUGGGAAAUAGCUGUUACUAAAGAGGUUCAGGAUUGUCGAACUAAUGGAUGGGCGAACUUGUUAUAUGUUAAUAAUUAUUUAGACAGCACACUGUGCAUGGCACACACUUGGUAUCUGGGAGCUAAUAUGCAGAUGUACGUGAUCGGAUCUAUAGUGUGCAUUUUGGCAAGAAGUAACAGAAGUAAGAAAAUAUUAUUGAUACUGCUGUUUAUACUAGGGAUUGUAACACCGGCGGCACAAACGUAUUUUCAAGACCUGGAUGCAAUUUUUAUAGUGACACCAGAGACUGUCAGAGCAUUUGAAAACAAUGUAACAUUCAAUAAGUUUUACAGAAGAGGUCACACGAAUAUGGUGAACUUUGUUUUGGGUCUCGCGUUGGGUAUUUUUAUAUACCGAUUACAAGUUAACCAGGUCGACAUGGUAAAAUUCAAGAAAUAUCGAUACCUUUUUCUGCUUACGAUACCAGCAGUUUUUGGUUUAUUAUUUUUAGGGAGUGUAUUCUAUAAGGACGAGUUUCAGGCAUCUGUUGUUACAAAAGCCGUAUACGCUGGUUUGAUCAAACCUAUUUUUGGAGUUAUCUGCGCGUUGUUUAUUAUUGGAUGUGUUUUUAAAAUUGACAAUGUAUACCGAAUAAUUUUUGAAUGGGAUGGAUGGAAGAUUCCUUCAAAAUUAUCAUAUAGCGUAUUUCUUCUACAUUUUAUGAUAAUACGAGCGAUGACUGGAAGAUGUACAACAUUGACUCCACUGAAUAACUUGUACAUGAUAGAAAAAUCUCUAAACUACGUAAUAAUGUCUUAUAUAGCGGCAAUACCGCUUUUUCUAUUAGUUGAUGCACCACUGACAGAAUUUUUGAAAAAUUGCUUGGAAUUUACGAUCUUCAAGACAAAAAUUAAAUCGAUACAACCAGAACAAAACAAUGGAAUCUACUUAAACAAAGACGCAGACACGUUCAUUGAUGAAGAAGAAAUUAAGGGAAGAAUCGAUUCUGUUCUUUAAUUUAGAUGUAAUUAGAGAAGAAAAUCCUAAUAAGAAGAUGAGCCCAGUAGUACAAUAUUUAUGUGCUUGGAACUCAAUAUUAUAAGAUGUUAUAAUAGUUUAGGAUGCUGAUUGAAUAAAAUGAGUUAAUUUUCAAAAUA